AUGGCUUCUUCUCGUGUGAGUGCCUCUUUGCCGGCGGAUGCUGGCAGAGACCGGAGCCGGUCACCAAAGCGUGAUGGUGACAUUGCUCAGCCUGUGUUCCAGGACUCCCAGGACCCUCCACCUGUGAUGGAUCCAGUCCUUGAACUCAUCAUGUGGGACAAGAUCAAUGGCUGGGUGUCAGAGCAGUUAAUGUUUCCAGACCGCUUCGCAGAACCUGGACAAGAUAUUAGUUCCAGGAUUGGCCGAAUGCGAGCACUUUUACUUGAAGGUGGCACAGAGGAUGAGGAGGAGAAGGACGAGAAGAAUGUGGCCCGAUCUCAGCAGUAG